UCAGAACAUGUAUUGAUCCAACUUGAAACUUCCAAACAGUUCAAACGAAAACGCGAUAGAAAAUUCUUGUGCGUGAAAUAAAUUGUGAAAAAUCCGCGUGUUUCCAAUCAUUUUAGUGUUAAUUAUCAUCAUUGUGCGUCGGUGUUUUUAAAUACCUUUUCAUUCAUUGAACAAAACAUUCGAAAGUUGACAAUUUUGGUGCAGGUAUCGUGAUUUUUUUCUCAUUUGCAUCGAAGUGUUUAUUAUCACAUAGUUCGUUGUAAAUUAGUGACCAUGACUUAUAUUCUUGUGUUGACUAUUUCGUUCAGUUUAAUAACCUAACUAUUCUCUAUUGUUACCGAAUAGUCACGGUGAAACUCCAGUUACCGAAGAGCUGAAUGGAUGCAAUGGAUGAUGCCGAAAGUAAAUUACAAUGUUUGUGGAAUAAAUUCUUGUCUACCGAAAAUGAUUUCAACGAGAAAAAGACCUGGUUGGAUUAUUUCUUGGUUCAUCUUCUUCUCGAGUUUCAAACGAAUAAAAAUAUCAUCAAUAAAUUACAAUACGACGUUUCUGAUGUAUUAGCUCGUGAAUUUAUCUCAGAAGUUCAUCAGGCUUGUUCAGAAUCAAAUGAAACCGAUGAAUUGGCUCCUCUUCGUAAAUAUUUUUUAGAAGAAAGAGGUUGGAGAUGUCUGUCUGUUCUACAGUUAUUUCGCAAUUCGAAAAUACGAACGGCGUUCGAAUUGUCGAAUUUGCUGAUGUCGUUGUACGCGGUUGUUGAAUACGAAGACUGUCUAGGUUGUGAAAAAACCAAUGCUUAUUUGUUGGAUAACGAACAAAGAAAUAUCGACGAUGUUGUGCAAGAUAAAUUGAACACUAUUAAACGCAAGACGAAAAAUUUUCUCCAUAAAUCUAGUCAGAAGAAGAAUUUCAAUUUAUCCAAAUAUGAAAAACGUUUAGCUCUUGAACACGAGCUCGAUUACAAAAACACGUUACGAAUAAAAUCAUUGGAUUCCGAUUCGUUAGACCAAGAUGUCGCUUACACGCCGAAACUUUUCUUAUCACCGUUGGAAAACACUCAAACAUCGGCUUUUUUAUUCGCCAAACAUAACAGAGAUACCAGUUCCUCGACCGAUUCGGUAUUCCAUGCGAAAUCGGAGGAUUCGAUAAAAUUAGAACAUUUUCAAAACGAAGCCGUACGUCAGCUCUUCGACAGACGUAUCAAUUGCUUGGAAUUUCGAUCGUUGAUUCUAAGCUCGCUACAACGCCUCUGCGAAGGCGACAAUUUCAACGUCGACGAAUACGAAGAAAUCAUCAGCUCGGUGAUUAAAUUCACCUUGGAGAAUUUAUGCGUCGUACAGUACCGAUUCUAUAAACAAGAUCACGCGUCUAUUGAAAUCCUGCGGUCUCAGUUAGCCUAUUUAUUAAUCAUUUGCGCCAACGGUACGAAAAAAUGUAAGAAGAUUAUCGAUUCGCUGUCUCAAAACGGCGUCGUACAGAUAUUCUUGCAGCUUUUACAAGAAGUAUGCAAUUCGGUUAAUAAAUGCGAAGAUAGCGUAGCUGUGCAACGUAAUUUGGAUUUCUUGUACAGCUUACUCUACAGCAUCGUUAAUUUGUUCUUCCAAAUACUCAGGCAAGAAAACAUUACCAAGAAUUUGUGCACUUUUAAUAAACUUUAUAGACAGUUUAUCGGAUGCUCCGGCGGUCGAUUAAUCGAGAACAUCAUCAAGACAUUUUUAACGCCGAGACCUUACGUCGACCGUAGCGUUUGCAUUAAACGCGUUAAAAUCAUCGUUACGUUUUUCGGUCUAUUGAUCGUUCGUUUCAAGAAACUACGUCGCAAAGUGAACCGAUUCGAAGAACGUCGAAAUAGCCGUUGCGAUGGCAGAGAAAAUUCUAUCGAUUUGAAUAUGUACAAUCAUCACGAUAACCUGUUCGGUAAAGCGUACAAAGCAUUGAUACUGUCGCCAGCGGCGUUACACGAAAAUUGCUGCAUUACUUCUACUUUCGUCGUUUUGCUGAAAAUUGUCUUAGAAGAUGCGGACGAAGAAUUGACCAGCAGCGUGCUGCGUAUAUUGCUGUAUUGCGGAUGUUGCUGUUGCGUUCCAGUGCAUUGGUUUUUACCCAAGUUACUCAAAUCGUUGAUUAAUCGGAAACCGGCGACGAGAAAUUUAAUAUUGCUAUUUUUCGAACGUAAAUUUUACGCCGAUGUUGGCAUGUGCGAAUACGACGAUUGUCCGCUGUGCAAAGUUGACGAAAAAACAUCGACGACCGACAGAUGGAAAUAUUUGGAAGAGUAUAAAGCUUUAUUAGUGAAUGACGAUUCGAAAAUUGUACGCAUGGUCGGUGGUCAUUUGCUGAAAAUAUUCGGUAAUUUUCACUGCGAUAUUCGACGAUAUUUCAUAUGCAACGUAAUCGGAUCUUUAUUUCGAUUCGCCGAAAAGGAAUAUUCGCGGGAUAAAUCCGCUUACAAAGAUGCCAUCUUGGUUUGUCUGUCGUUGUUCGGCGAUGCCAACGUGUAUCGCGAUUUUUCCACCGAAAUCGACGACCUGUUGCAGAUGAAAGAUGUACGUAAUCUACUUCAAGAUGGCAAUUUCACCGAUUUAUGCAGUCGGAUUCUAGAAACUCGUAUCAUGUGUAAAUUAUCCCAACUGGAAGCCGCACCCGAUUCUUUUACACCGGUUUUACUCGAAACAUGUACCACCGAAUUGACUGUGCUGAUGAAAACCUUCGACGAUUAUUACGACGAAGUUACGAAAACCGUGAGCGAUGAAAAUCCAGCCAACGGUGCCCCACCGAAAGACUGUAGAGAACUGUUACAUAAAUUGAGAGCUGUCACGUGCACGUUGGAACGUUUGAUAGUUCGCAGCUCGAUCAUAAAGUUAUAUUUUAGAUUCGGCCCUGCCAAAGAGAAAUUUCAAAAUGUUCUGUUCCUAAUUUUGAAAACGUUAUCCAAUGAAGAACCCGUGCUAAGCGGUAAUUCGAAAAAUAAAGAUAUAUCGGUCGACGACGUUCGUCUCAAGCUGACGCAACCUUUACUCGUGAUCUGUUUGUGUUUAUUCGAUGACACAAGCAUCAUCGAAAGCCGCGUCAAGGAGUUACUAAACGACGCGCUGAAAGCUGGCAAAAUAUCCAUCAAGCAAGUUUGCGACUCGUUGUUAUCCCUCGAAAGAAUGGAGAAUUUCCACAAAGAAGAGUGGAACUGCCCGACUACGGCUUCUAUAUUCGAAAACGACGUGAAUUACGAUAACGACGGUUACGAAGCCGACGACGAAGUGAUAUCUUGGUCCAAUGUAGAAAACGCAUUCUCGGAAGUAUCCGAAGAAGACGGAGACGGAUUAGUUUCGUUGUUGGAUAAUUGCUCGAAAUCUUCCUUGCUUUAUCCUACCAUUUGUACGAUCGCAGUGGACCUGAUUAACGCUUUGAAAGUCGAUCAGUGUACCGAAGAGACUCUGUACUGUUUACAUCAUAUCACGGUGGUUUGUAAGAAAAACCCGGAUAUUUGUUUGGAACUCACGAAACACGGCGUCGCUUCGAAACUUCUGGAUAAACUACAAGAGAGUUUGGCUGAAGAGCUCUUGACCCCGGAAGAGACCGAUGUGCAGUACGCUAUUACGCAAUUCCUCGCCGUCUUGUUUUAUUACAGAGUCGAACGUCACGAAUUGGCGAAAUUUUUCGAUUUCUUGCGAAUCACUCGUGCUCCAUUCGAUCAUCUGUUGAACGCUUUGCUGUCAGUGGUGAAUAAAACUUCUUCCGAGGCUCAACCGUCAUAUUAUUUAUCCUUCCCUGUAACGCCGAUGGAUCAAACUUUAGAAUCUGACGACCCAGCCGAAGCUUUAGCUCUGUCUAUGCGCGAAAUACAAAAACACGCUUCGGUCGCUUCACCUUGGGUAGUCUGCGGAUUGACUCUACCGUUGAACACGAACCUAGAUUGGUGCAUUUGGUUGACCGGAUUCUCGACUUCGUUUUGGUUGAAAUAUACUCCGGCUUCGGGAGAAUUUCGUAAAUACGUCGAUCGUAACGACGAAACGAAGUAUCGAACUUAUCGUAAAGAACACGAGGACGGUAAUAACGACGGAAUGAUCCAUAUCAUAUCGGUUGGAUACGAUACCCUGUUAUUGGAAACGUGGGUCGAUGAGAGCACUUGCUGUUUCGUAGUUCGAUUAGCUCGACCGGAAGGUAACACGUUCGAAAUAUUGUCGCAGGCAACGUUUCAAAAACCCCUAGACGACGGCAACUGGCAUCACGUUGUGUUAAAUGUCAAAGACACGAUGAAACAGCAAAAAAUCGCUCUGGAAAUAUCUCUUACGAUCGACGGUCUGUACGAAGAAACUCGUUAUUUGAUAUUUUUGGGUAUUUUUAUGCGUAAAGUUCGACCAGCUUGUAUAAUGGUCGGCGACACGCGAACGUCGUUGAAAAGUCGUUACACGAUCGGUAAUUUCAUGAUGUUCAGAGCGGCUAUUUUGUCGAAAGAAUGCUGCUUAACGAUCCGAGCCUUCGGACCGGAUACAGAAAACGUUAUUACAUGUUCGGCGAACGCUUCGAAACCAAAUUUCGUCGACUUAAUGUGUAGCGCGAGCUACGCCCUUCCUGCGGAUUUCAGCGUCGCCAGAUUAAUCAAACAGUACGACGAGAACAUGAAACAAAUGCAAGACAACGUUUUGAUCACAUUCAGUCCGAGAAAUCCGGAAUAUUUUCAUUAUUAUACGCAGAACGACGUCAACAACACCGUAUCCGUGUCCAUGUUCCCUCCAGCUACUCCGACGCUCUUCAAAAAAACCAAAUAUAAUUUUAGAAUAAAUCAAAGAGUCAGUCGACCUAUGAAAACCGUCAUUUUGGCUUCAAUGGCGGCCGAACAACGUAAAACAUUUUCCGCUUGCAUUCACGAACUCGGCGGAUUCCCGUUCUUGGCUUACUUGUUCGCUAAACUAGUCCAGUCGUGUCAACUCGAAAGAACUCAAGGCGAUGCUCUGAAACUAGUCAUUAAAUCGUGUUUCUCCGACGUACGACUGUGUUCGCAAUUCCAUUCCUAUAGCGGAUAUAUCGUUCUGGGCAAGGUACUCACAUCAUCAAAUUUCAAACUGGGUCGUCGAGCCUUUGCCGAGUUGACUAACGCCAUGUGUAGCCAAAAGAACUACUUCAUCGGUGAGCUGGAAGAGCUGCAUUUGAAAACCGACGCGUAUAUUUGCAAUCCGGACAUCAUAACGAAUUUAUUACUUCCGUUAUGGCAACAAUGGGAAAAAGCCGACCCUAAUUUAAUGAUCACGUUGUUCAGAGGGCUGCAUUCGUUAAUCCUCGGUACGAAUUUAUACAAGCAACUAAACAUGGAACAGCUGAUAUCGGUUAAUAUAAUAGAAAAAACCUUGGACAUGUGUAAAGAGAAAUUUGUCUUGGAGGAGAAAUCAGAAAACGUGAAUCGAGACCUUUGCGCGGCCAUUUUAGGUUUCAUUAAAACCAUGAUAGGCUCUCCUCCGUCAUCCGACCACGUAAAAUCCAUCAUCGAUUACCUUUUCGUCGUCCAUCCGACAUCUCAUUCGUUCUGCACACAUUCGGCGAGCGGUUUCUACUUCUUAUUCAGUUCCUUAUCGCAAGGUAAAUUCAAAAGAUCCACCGAAUCGAAUGGAAUAUCGGAAGAACACGAAGUAGCCCAUGACGAAGACGACGACGAAUCCGUCUACAGGUCAUCGAUUAGCACCAAAGAAACGCGUAACGGUAGACGAAACGACAACCAUGUUCCGUACAGUCGCAGUCUUAGUAAAUCGUUGGUGGAUUUGCAAGAAAAAAGACAAAUGAUUAACGAUUUUUUGAAAGGUACCGCUGCCGUCCAUGCGCCCAAAUCCGAAGACGAAGAUAAAGUCACCGAUUCCGGUAUCGUCGGAAGUAACGGCGCCACCAACGAACCGUCAACUGAGCUUUGUAGUUUUGGCUCGUUACCACAGUUGACCGAAACCGAUAGCGAAUACGGCGUUUCGUAUUUCGUACCUGAAAUGAAGAACUCGGCAACGCAGAGAUGUUCGACUCAUUUCUACAAGUACAUCAGUCCUACGCUGACUGGACGUUGUAAUACCAACUUUUUCGCCAAUCAGAUCGACGCGAAUUAUAAAGACGAGUGUAAUCAGUACAUUAUAUCGACUGGUUUAUUGAAUUUAAUACACGAUACGAUACUCGUACUGCCAGAUAGUCUGAUUGGUAAUAUUUUCAAAAACAUCAUCGAUUACAAGUUGUUCCUCAUCAUGGCCAAUCAUCCGAACGUUACCGUACGUAACGCUGUAGUAAAAACGUUGCUGGCUUGGCUAGUCCGCUGCGACGAAGAAGAAACCGUCAAAUUCGUCAUGCAAAUGAAAGGUUUCUAUCAUUUGGCUAAUCAGCUAUCGAUGUAUUCGGCCAACGAAGAACUGGUCAACAGCUGUAUCUCGUUGAUGGCUCGUUGCCAUUGGGAUGCCUUGGAUCAAGUCGACGAAAUGGAAGAUUUAACGUUACCUUCGUUACAUUUCUCAGCGCUACCGCCUCUUUUGGCUAUUUUUCCGGGAACGUUGCACGACGUGAAUUUGGCCUUGAGCGUAGUUCGGUUUUUCCGAUUGUUAAUCAACAAAGUUCCUCAAGCUUUGAAAAAACUCAUCGAAAAUGGUAUAGUGGAAAGUCUAGUCAAAACCAUUCUAUUGCUUAUACACUCGGAUGGAAGUAACGGCAGUAUCGAAGGAAAUAGCGUAUUGCUGAGCGAUAUCAUCGACCUGUUUAGCUUGAUCAUGAGUACCUGUGUACAAACACCGGGCGUAUUGUAUUUACAAAUUUUAAACGAAAUAGUCUACAAAUGUAGAUACCUCGAAGUUACGGAAGAAGCUGUUUGUGGAAUGGAAGAAGAAUGCGUGCAAAUUAUUCACAACUUGCAUUGCAGCGUUUUGAAGGCCGGAUUGGAUACCAUAUUGCAGUUGAUCGAUAUUUAUCAUUCUCAGGAUUUCAUGAAAGGUCGCAGAUCUCCUUCGUUUUUAACCUCCAUGACCGGAUCCAUGUCUGCUAGUUUGUCGAGCAUUCCAAGUAGUAUCAUGUCAUUCGCAUCUUCAGCAGCGAAUAAGAAGCAUCUCCCUCGAAGCGAACUAAUCGACCGAUAUAAAUUACUAAUAAACCGAGCAACGGAAUAUUUACAAUUCUCCUCUUCUUCAGUGGUUACCGAUAAAGAUGUAAAAUUUGCGUGCCAUUUAUUCGCUACUUUAAUUAACGGCGUUUCAAAUAUCGUUCAAAACAAACCCUAUAUUAGAAUCGGAUCUCCUUGGAGUUCAGUGUUCUGGUCGGCCAGAGAAACAUUGAGAAACCAAGCUUCGAAUUUAUUAAUUUGGAUGUUAGCUCCUGUGCGACCAGUUCAUUUGCGAAUGUACGUUAUUGAAGUGUUACUAAAUGAACCGAAAGCCAAAGAUAUUAUAUCUACUUUAGUAUUUACCAACGUUGAGACUGAACAAAGAUUUACCGUAUUUUUAUGGCACCUGAUGUACUCGAAAAGUUGCGAUUUAUCCGAAACAGACGCCGAACUCUGCGAAGAUUUUAAAAACUGCCUACAAGAAUGGGAAAUAAUAUCGCCUCAAGCUAUAGGCACAGCCGACGACAGAUGGCAAUUCGAAGUAUCGGCCGCAAUGAGAGAAUUAUCAGUCGUAUAUUGGGGAUUAGAAAAAGGCCAACAGGAUGCAGUUUACAAAUGCGUGUACAAGUGGGAAUCUUUAUCGAAAAAAAUAUCGGAAACUGCUAUCUCGAUAUCGGCUGCUGUCUCCGAACGUCAAGGAAAAGAAAGGAAAAAAUUAUUGAACGGUAUGCGCGAUAAAUAUCGACUUCACGUCGAAGCCAGAACCAAAUGGAGACAAAUAGUUCAGCAGAUGACUCACGAACGUGCUCCUUGGUUCGAUCCUGAUUCGUAUCCCGAUUGCUGGGAGCUUGACCCAACCGAAGGUCCGGCCAGAGUUCGCAAAAGGUUAAGAAGAUGUAGAUUAAACAUCGAUAAGAAGUAUUUCAAAUCGGAAUAUACGAGUAAAAUAAAAGAUAAUUACACGACGCCGCUAUCUUAUCUGUUCGAGAACAACGACAUACAAUCUAUGUAUACGGUCGCCCUUGAUAGCCUGUCUAUGGACGACACCAUUACUCAUAUGUGCUACGCUACCAACGUUCAGCCAAGCUGCGAAUUCGACGGUGAACUGCUGAUCGGCGCCAAAAAUUUAUAUUUUAUCGCUACGCAUAUCAGCGAAAAAAACGUCACCGUCACAGAAACUGAUCAAUUUUCGUUUAUCGUUAAAUUCGAAGAAAUUAAAGAAAUUCAUAACAGAAGAUUCCAAUUGAAAGAAAGAGCCAUUGAAAUAUUCCUAUUGAACGGCAAAACGUAUCUAAUUGCGUUUAAUUCUCAAAUUGAAAGAGACAACUUCAUCAGUGCUCUCGGCGAAUGCUCGUUACCGAACCGAAUCGUCAGCGAUAUGCUUCUCAGCGACGCUGUCGAUAAAUGGAAAGAAGGUCACAUCUUGAAUUGGGAAUAUCUAAAGACUCUGAACAAAAUGGCCGGCAGAUCGUAUAACGAUUUAAUGCAGUAUCCCAUCAUGCCAUUUAUUCUGGCCGAUUAUAAAAGCGAAUCGAUUAACAUCAGAGAUCCCAAGAUUUAUAGAAAUUUAAGUAAACCGAUGGCAGUUCAGGAUAAAAAGAAAGAAAUAUAUUUCGUUAAUCAUUACAACUAUUUGAAAAAUGAAGGCACGACGAAUCAAAAUAUAACUUCGUUCAAGCAGCAACCCUAUCAUUAUGCCUCGCAUUAUAGUAAUUCUGGAACAGUAUUGCACUUUUUAUUAAGACUACCUCCGUAUACUCAGAUCUUCUUGCAGUACCAGGAUAACAAUUUCGAUUUACCAGACAGAACAUUCCAUUCAUUAGAAACCACUUGGCGAUUAACGUCUUCCGAAUCGACUACAGACGUCAAAGAACUAAUUCCAGAAUUUUUCUAUCUACCAGAAUUUCUAUUAAACCUCGAAGGUUUUAAUUUCGGAGUACGUCAAAAUGGCGAAAUGGUGGAUAACGUCAAGUUACCAUCUUGGGCUAAAGGAGACGCUCGAUUAUUCGUUCUCGUGCAUAGGCAAAUUUUAGAAUCCGAAUUCGUUCGUGAAAAUUUACCUCACUGGAUUGAUCUCGUAUUCGGUUACAAACAAACUGGCAAAGAGGCUGUAGAUGCUAUCAAUGUCUUUCACCCAGCCACUUAUUACGGUUUCGAUUCCGAUUCGAUUCCGGAUUCUUUAGAAAAAGCAGCUUGGGAAACAAUGGUGAAGACGUACGGACAAACUCCUCGACAACUUUUCCGUACAUCUCAUCCAAUGGUUGUGCAGACUUUAUUACGCGAUGGUGACGACGAUGUUCCAGUUGUGAAAGGUGUUAGAGGAUUGAAAUGGGGUAAUUAUGUCGGAUCACCUUCGAAAGCGGUUCCUACGAUUGUGUGGAAUAAUUUUCAUUCUAGUCCUGUAGCUUUAUUAGUACCUUUGAUUACGAACGACGUGUUUGGAUUACCGGAGCAAACUUCUCUACUCUUAUCCUACAGCAAAGAGCGUUCGGUGAAUCUAGUCAACGAAGGAAUUACCCUUCUGGGAGCAGCUCUUCUAUCGUGGGGUCAUUUAGACGGUAUUGUACGAAUCAAAGAACGUAAAGAGCAGCCUCAAAUGCCGUUCAUAUUCUGCCCUCCGAAAGAUCCAGUUUCCGUUUGUUCGACUACUCCGGACUGUCCUUAUAUUUGGAUCGGAUUGACAUCUGGAAAUAUAUUAGUUUUCAAGUACACGUUUAAUGUGGACAACGGAGGCGUCGACGUUGAUUCGGAACCGAUCACCUUACUCGGUCAUCAGAAAAAAAUCAACAAUAUUUAUCUCUCGCACGCGUUCGGAAUCGCCGUCUCAGUCAGCGACGAUGAAAAUACCAUUAUUUGGGAUCUGAACGAGUUGAUUUAUAUCAGAUCCAUAAGUAGCGAUAAAUUACCGGUUAAACUGGUGGCUGUCAGUGAAACGCUUGGUGAUAUCGCGACUGUUUGUUACGAUGAUGAUAACGGCGAAGAUUGUCUAUUACGUUUGCAUACGGUCAACGCAACUCUAGUCAGGACUAUGAAUUUAUCUAUACCAGUUACCGCCUUGUGCUUUUCAACUGCUCCGGAAGGUGUCUCCGUUAACGUCAUUGCGACUGGUCACGCAAACGGAAUGAUUAGCUUAUGGAGUACUUGGAACUUUUUACCUGUUCGAACUAUCAUCAAUGAGUCUACCGAUUGUCCUGUGAUUGGAAUAACGUAUUCUUACGAUUCACAACAUUUAUACGCCUCGUAUAGCGAUGGAAACGUAUUCAUCUGGGAAAACGCCAAUUCGAACGGAACGAUCAAAACACCCAAAUUUUUAAAUCUCACCACUGUGAAUUGUUCGCAUUGAUUUCUGUCCAUUCUCAUUACAAACCGAUAUCUGUGAUGUAUCUAAAAUACUCAGAUCAUCUUUCUUUUUUUCUCUCUCUCUUCGCAGUAUCUUUUAAGCAGUAUUUUAUUAUUUAUAAGCCAUUUACCAAAGCUGUAUUACGUUUUCUCCUCUCUAUUAUAGAUACCCAUUUGGAUAAACGUUUAGAAAUUGUGUCUAUGUGAUGUUGUGAUUAAAUGUGUAAGUUUUUGUGGUAUAAAUGUGUGUGCAGAAUGUGACAAUCGUCUGGUUACGAUGAUCGAAUAAGACUACGCGAAGUGUUGUGACAUUGAUAUCCGUAUUUAUUUUUAAAUCUAAAUGUAGUUUUAACGAACCUGUAUCGGCUGUAUCGCCAUGCCUUUCCAGCACUUGUUUCCUUUUCCUAUAUAAUUUUAAUACUUAUUUAAGAUUUAAUUCCAAAAAUGUGCUCGGGCGUGACCGUUUUCCCUUCUUUUUUUUUUAACUUAUAUUUUUAUACGUGCAAUUUAUUUAUUAUGAUUUAAUGUAUUUAUUUUACGCUUAGGCCUAUUUUUUCGGCGUUGUUCUCAUUAUAUUUUCUCAUUCGUUGUGUUGUUCUUGUUUUGGCUAAAUUUCUCUUAAUAAAUAUAUAAUGGAGUA